GGAGCAUUUACACAAGAUUGAAAUUUUCUCUGGAGGUGACUCACUCACACAAUCCCAUCCUGAUGGGUGUGUGUGACACUGACAAAGAGGGAGAGAGAGAGCUCACCUCUUUAUAUCAAGCAGAGAGGAGGAAAGGCUGCACAACGGCAGGACUCCAUGCAAGGAAGACGACGCAAACAAGUGCUGAACCUUCCAACGAACACCUGAAACAGCCAUGGACAGGGAGAAAACGUCUAAUCAGUCCAGAAUGAACUCCUCAGCCCCAGCCUCUGACUCUUCUUCUUCCUUCCCUUCAUCCUGCUGCAAUUCUUCGCACCUCCUCUUCCACCCAUCGCUGUUUCCAGUCCCCGCGUUUUCUGGCUUUGACCUGCUGUUCAGUCUGAAGCUCCUCUUCAUUCCACUCUACUCUGCCGUGGUACUGAUUGCCUGCUCUGGGAACCUCCUCCUCCUCUUCCUCAUCUGGCACAACAAAAAAAGACACAACACAACAAAUUUCCUUAUCAGCAACUUGGCGCUCGUCGACCUGGUGAUGUGCAUCUUCUGCGUCCCUUUGACGGCCUCCUAUGCCUUUGAUAGACGUGGAUGGGUGUUUGGAUACCACAUGUGUCAUUUUGUUACCGUGAUGCAGUCCACAGCUGUUUACGCCGCAGUCCUGUCCCUCAUGGCCAUUGCAGUAGACCGUUACAUAGUUGUAGCUUAUCCUAUUCGCAAAAGAGCGGGAUGCCAGUUCUGCUGCUGUUUGGUAGUACUGAUCUGGUUGUCAUCUUUGGCCUUAUCCACCCCAACAGCCCUUCACACAGUCUACCUGGAGCUGCAUGCUGCGGGCCUGGAGAUGGCAGUCUGUGAGGAGUUUUGGGAUGGCCAGGAACAAGGCCGACUCAUUUACUCCUGUUUCAUCCUCUUCUUUUCCUACUUUGUUCCACUGGCUGCAGUCUCCAUUUCUUACUGUGCUAUAUCAUACCAGCUGAAGCGGAGGACCACGUCAGGUUUGACGGCUUGUCCCGAGCUGAGAUGUGCACGGGCCGCCUGGAGUAGACGACGUAAGAAGACCUUCUGUCUACUGCUGGUGUCUGUCCUCUGCUUUGCUUUCUCUUGGCUUCCCUUACAGGUGGUGAAUCUGAUCUGUGACCUGGACACAGACUUCACCAUACUGGGGAAAAACUACAUUAAUGUCAUCCAGGUGUCUGCCCACCUGUUGGCCAUGAGCUCAGCCUGCUACAACCCCUUCAUCUAUGCUUCGCUGCACAAUAAAUUUCUGUCCUACAUCUGUAUCAAACCCCUGACUCGCAGGGGAAAAGAAAAGUACGAGGUCGGGGGGUCGAGCGUCCUGACGAAUUCUCACAGAUUGCCACGUCUCAACACCUUUACAACUGUGGCUGAUUUACCUGCUGUUGUUCUGAAUGACCUUGUUGAAAAAGAAAUAUACUUCUGAUGCGCUUUGUUUUGCCUAACAAAAGGAGAAAGGAUUUUAAAAGCAUGUCCACAAACAGCCCUAAAAGUAGAUGGGAUGCAGGAAGCUUCUUUUUCUCCGCAGCUUUGAUUUUAAUCUUGCCUUUAUUGCAACAAAUGUUGAAAUUAAUAGAUUUACACCACAGUAUAAAUAGUAAAAAUCUCCUCAAAUAUAGGGAAAAGCAACCUGCUGUUUCUACAGACUACUUAUAGAGAUAGAAAGAAUAAGUAUAAGAAAUCCACCGGUUUUAAUCAUACAAGUUAAUUGCUCCAAUAAUCUUAUUACUUAACAGAAAUGUUAAUGUUUUGCUGUUAAUUUAUGCUGUUUAACUUUCACUUUAAAAUAGCUUUCAGCCUUUAGUUGACAUUCACCCUUUGUGCACAUUUAAAUGCGUUCUGUGAAAAAGUAAGUCAAAAACAUUAAACGAAUUUUAAUAGAAAGAGACUUUUUUUAAAUGAAUUUAACAGGGCGUAAAAAAAUCUUAACGUUGUUAAACAAUAAUUUUUUUUAUUAUUUCUCCUGCCUUGCUUAGGCCUAGUUUUGAAAACAAGAAAUCAAUUAAAUAGAACCCGAAUGACAGCAUGAAGGAGGCUUAAGACCCUAAAAAUAAGGUGUAAUUCCCGGGUCUAAAGGAAACAGAUAAGCCCCCUUUCCAACAUCUGAACAGAGAAAAGUGCAGUAAACCUAGUUGCAAUACCAUCGCACUUAAAUAACAUAACUAUAACUUUUGUAUUUAUUAUAAAUU